GGAGUGGGACGGGAAUGUAAGGUUUCUUGAGAUUCUCGAUAGUUUAACUUAGUCAUCGUCUUGGUUUAAAGCCAGGAGGCUUCGUCUUUCCAAGUCUUGAUUGAGGAAAGCUGGAAACUCUCCGACGCUGGAACCAACUCUUAGGAGAGGGGUACACAACCCAGGUCCACAGCAGAGCAUGGGGUUGCCACUUCCAAACCAGAGGGCGGCGCUUUUCACUCUUAGAAAAAAAAAAUUUUUUUUUUUGCUACCUUGUAAGGAAGUGGGCGCGGGCUGCACAGGGUCGGCGCCUUCUGAUUGGCCGACCCUCCCCGUGAUUGACAAGACCCCAGACUCCGCCCCCGUUGCUUUAUUGACACUAAUGAGCAAGUUCUUCCCACCGCUCUCCUGCCUAGAAGUGCUGACAGAUCAAGGCAACAAAUUUCAAUUACAAUCCCUAAUUUGUGUCCGCAGAGCGUUUUUUUUUUUUUUUUUUUUUUUUUUUUUACCCAUGUUAGUCCUCUCUGGCUCAUCAGUCGAGGCAGAUCGUGGAGCUGCAGGAGGACGUGGAGGGGGUGGGAGCGGAGUCCAUCAGUGAGAAGCGCGCGCAAGAGACCGAGGGAAGGAAACUUGGCGGGCGCAUCGCUAGUUCCUCGGAUCCCAGCACAACCGAGAAAGAGGAAACGCCAAUUUUUUUUUUUUUUUUUGCCCGCAGUGGGGAACAGGGCAGACCUCGGCCUGUGGGAGGCCCCAGGAGUUCUCCGAAGUUUGGUGGCGGCGGGGGGGGGGGGGUGGUGGCGGCGAGAGAAGGUGCGUGUGCCCGUGAAGUGUAUAUGAGCGAGGGGCGGGCGGGCGGCAGGGAUGGCUGAGAAGCGGAGGGGCUCGCCUUGCAGCAUGCUGAGCCUCAAGGCGCACGCCUUCUCUGUGGAGGCGCUCAUCGGCGCUGAGAAACAGCAGCAGCAGCUUCAGAAAAAGCGGCGAAAGCUGGGCGCGGAAGAGGCGGCUGCGGCGGUGGAAGACGGAGGGAGCUGCAGCCGAGGUGGCGGAGGCGCGGACGAAAAGGACUCCUCCGAGGGGGACGAAGCCGCCGCUGCACUCCCGCCGCCGGCAGGGGCGGUAUCCGGACCCGCCCGGGGCUGUGCAAACUUGGAGCGGAGCUGCGGCUCGCGCGAAGCGGCGGGAGGCUGUGAGGAUGGCAUGCUGCAGAGUGCAUCCCCAUUGGAGUCCCCCAGAAUGUCCCCGAAGGGGUCUCCUGCCCCAGCCCGGCCUGGAACUCCACUGUCCUCGGCUCAGGUUCCAAGGGUAGAUCUGCAGGGAGCAGAGCUUUGGAAGCGCUUUCAUGAGAUUGGCACCGAGAUGAUCAUCACGAAGGCCGGCAGACGAAUGUUUCCAGCAAUGAGAGUCAAGAUCUCAGGAUUAGAUCCUCAUCAGCAGUAUUACAUUGCUAUGGAUAUUGUGCCAGUGGACAACAAAAGAUACAGGUAUGUCUACCACAGCUCUAAGUGGAUGGUGGCAGGUAAUGCUGACUCUCCAGUGCCACCUCGUGUGUACAUUCAUCCUGACUCACCUGCCUCAGGCGAAACUUGGAUGAGACAAGUGAUCAGCUUUGACAAGCUAAAGCUCACCAACAAUGAACUGGAUGACCAAGGCCAUAUUAUUCUUCAUUCUAUGCACAAAUACCAACCACGAGUCCAUGUCAUUCGGAAAGACUGUGGAGAUGAUCUUUCUCCCAUCAAGCCUGUUCCAACCGGUGAAGGAGUGAAGGCAUUCUCUUUUCCAGAAACUGUGUUCACAACUGUCACUGCCUACCAGAAUCAGCAGAUUACUCGCUUGAAGAUAGAUAGAAAUCCAUUUGCCAAAGGCUUCAGAGACUCUGGCCGUAACAGGAUGGGUUUGGAAGCACUGGUGGAGUCAUAUGCAUUUUGGAGACCUUCACUGAGGACUCUCACCUUUGAAGACAUCCCUGGAAUUCCCAAACAAGGAAACACAAGUUCCUCCACCUUACUCCAAGGUUCUGGGAAUAGUGUUGCUACCACCCACCCUCAUCUUUUGUCUGGUUCCCCUUGCUCCUCUCCUGCCUUCCAUCUGGGGCCCAACACAAGUCAGCUGUGUGGUCUGACCCCAGCUGACUAUUCUACCUGUGCCCGAUCUGGCCUCACCCUUAACCGAUACAGCACAUCUUUAGCCGAGACCUACAACAGGCUUACCAGCCAGACCAGUGAGACCUUCGCUCCACCCAGGACUCCCUCCUACGUGGGUGUGAGCAGCGGUGCUUCUGUGAACAUGUCCAUGGGUUCCACUGAUGGAGACGCCUUCAGCUGCCCACAGACCAGCUUGUCCAUGCAGAUUUCGGGGAUGUCCCCCCAGCUCCAGUACAUCAUGCCUUCACCCUCCAGCAACGCCUUUGCCGCUAACCAGACCCAUCAGGGUUCUUACAACACUUUCAGAUUACACAGCCCCUGUGCCUUGUAUGGAUAUAACUUUUCAACAUCCCCCAAACUGGCUGCCAGUCCUGAGAAAAUUGUUUCUUCUCAAGGAAGUUUCUUGGGGUCCUCACCGAGUGGGACCAUGACUGAUCGGCAGAUGUUACCCCCUGUGGAAGGAGUGCACCUGCUUAGCAGCGGGGGUCAGCAGAGUUUCUUUGACUCUAGAACCCUAGGAAGCUUAACUCUGUCAUCAUCUCAAGUGUCUGCACAUAUGGUCUGAUGAAGCCUUUAAGUUAAAUUAUAUUUGUAUCAGUUUAAUACGUUUUCUUCCUUUCCUUUUUCCUUUAAAAGCUAUGUGAAAAGAAAUCCCCAGUAGCUUCCAAAAUGCGUACAUAAUAGAAAAUGAAGGCUCGCUCAGUUUUGUGACUUUCACAUAAUGAAUUGUAGUUACAAUUAGUAUAUACAUACACUUUAUAGAACAUUGAGUUUUGCAGCCUAUAAAAUCAUAUCCAGUCUCUCAUUUUCUCCAGUGCAUUUGCUUGUGUAGAGUAUUGUUAUAACCAUAGUAGAUUUAACCAAGAUUUCCGGACUCUCCUAAAAGCCAAAUUGUAAAUGUGAAACUUGGCAAUGAUACUAUCCAGACUAGAAUUUUAAACUUAAUUUGUCAGAAAAAUGCUCAGCACUAUUUCACACUUAAGUGUUGAUAACCAGAACACAGUCUUGUGAUUUCUGUUGUUCUUGGGCACAGUGUGAAAAUAACAAGAAAUAUGAAAGCCAGUUGAAAUCUUAGUAUUGUUUAUGAGAUAUUUAUCAUGAAGGAUUAUGUUUUUUGAUGCCAGUUUCAUAUUUAUUAAUUUUACUGUUUGUCUUUGCUAGGGCUUCAUGAUUUGGGGCUGACUUUCAUUUCAGAUAGAAAAAGAAAGAGACAGAGGAAGAGAGAGAAAGAUACCACAGCACCUAAGAUUCUUCCAGGGUGGUGGGAGCCAGGCUUGAACCUGGGUCACAUGAAUGGCAAAGUAGGCACCCUUCUAUGUGAGUUAUCUCACCAGCCCUGUUCCUAUUCUUAUUUACGUAGAUAUUAGGUGUCAUUGGGUCUGUAAAUAUCCAUAGCCUAUAAUGAUUUAUUUUUUAAAGGAAGGUGCAGGAGAGCAUUAAUAUUAUUUCAUUCUCCACUGGGCUUAUAGGUGAUAUUUAUUCAUUUGCCAGAGGUUACAUUUUCAGUGUUUGAGAUUUUUUUUUCUCAUUUAUUUACUUGAUUAAAGAGACCACUAAAGAAUAUUCUGUAAACAUUGAGUUUUCAAAUCAUUAUUUUAUUUGUGAUUAAUAGUAGUUUACAAGACUAUAAUUACAGGGUUUAGUUCCACACUGUACACAACACCAAGAUACUGUGUCUCCAUGUUUUCAGCAGUAGCCUCCAUAGUUCCCACAAAGUCUUAAGGACAGUUUGUUUUUGUUCUAUAAGCAUUUUUAAAUUCCAGUUUUCACAAGAGAAGAAAUAUUUUCUGUGAGUAGAAUGACAAAAAUAAAGUAAAUCCACCUCAAAUUCUUGAAUCCCAAGGAGAAAUAUCUGUUGUUUUAAGUCAAGGGGAAUAACACUGUCAACUUCCCCUUAGGCUCUUAUGAUACGGUUUCUCAUCCAGGAUAUAUAUUUCCACUAUGCUUUGAGAUUCCUGACCUACAAUCUAUAAGAAAAAGGUGAUUUAUGCUACUAAUUCAUGUCUCACAACUCCUACAAAUUGAAUCCUCCCCUCUCCUUAACCUUGUCUCUCUGUCUGAGUCUUUUCUAAAGCAGAUUCUAGGCCAUUCUGGUAUUAAAUAACACUGGAAGGAAUUUCAGGGGAGUUAUCUCUAGAAAUCUGUCUUUUGGGGGGUUGUAAUACAAAGGCCAAAGCCCAUUACUAUGAAGACCCUCUUGGAGGACUAAGGAGGAAGAUACUAAUUAUGAUAAGGAAGCUAUAAAACUUUUAACCUCAAUAGUAUUUUUAGCCUCAAACUGGAGAAAGGAAAACAGCAUUAUUUUUAAUCACCUAAAAUUAAUGUGUCUGUGGUUUAAGGUUUCAGAACAAGUAACUUGGAUAGCACAUUAUGAGAUGAAUAGGACAGGUUAAGAAUGCAUGAUAGGGGUGAUACCAUCUGUCUGUUGAGAUAA